AUGGCUUCUAGGCCAUAUGUUAUCCUGAAUGGGGUUUCUCCAGUCAAGCUCUGGGGUGAUGUUCCGUACGACCAGAGUACAGAACUGAUGACGGUGGUGGAUCUCAGUGGCGGCGGCGGCGUUUCUCGGCGGCAGAGGCGCGGCGGUGGAUUUGCACGGGUUUCUCCUCUCUCUCCUCUGCUCCCGAGCUCUCUCUCUCCUCAGAUCUCGCUUGAUCUCUUUCUCCUCUGGCUCUCUCUUCCUCCAUCUCAUCAACUCAUAUUGUAUUCCAUUGCCAUCAGUGCCCUUGGUGACUUUAGAGACUCCAAAAAUGUUUCACUAUGUGUGAAGAGGCUUGUUUACACAAAUGAAAAUGGAGAGAUUGUCAAAGGAGUUUGCUCAAAUUUCUUGUGUGACUUGAAGCCUGGAUCUGAAGUAACAAUUACUGGACCUGUUGGGAAAGAAAUGCUUAUGCCAAAAGAUCCUAGUGCCUCCAUCAUCAUGGUACAUUAUCAUUCAUGGUCAUCAUCACCAUCAUCAGAAGUCUAAGAUGAACAAAA